GAGACAGUCCGGCGCUGCUGCAAUUUGUACCCUGAACCAGACUCUCCUUCUAUGGAAUCAUUGGUAACUUCAGACUUGUAGCACUGCGCCGUUUCAAUGCUGUGAAUGACCACAUCCAGCCAUCUCUCGACUUGAACAAGAGAACAACAACGCAGCGUUCGCUCACAAAUAACUUUCACCGCAGCCUCUGUAAGUCCUAAGAAGAGACAGGAUGAUCCGUGGUGUUCAUUUUGUCUGUGUCCUCAUCUUGGCGUUUGGGUUACUUUUGGUCCAUGGUGAGGGAAAAAAGAAGAACAGAGGUUCUCAAGGAGCGAUACCCCCUCCGGAUAAAAGCAAACCCAAUGAGUCCGAACAGCACCGACCUCCGCCUCAGCCUCAACCAGACUCGAGGUCAGGGGGAAUGGACUGGGGUACUGCCAUGCCCGCUGAGGAGGUGCUCGAGUCCAGCCAAGAAGCUCUGCACGUCACAGAGCGCAAAUACCUGAAACGGGACUGGUGCAAGACGCAGCCGCUGAAGCAAACUAUCCACGAGGAGGGCUGUACGAGCCGCACCAUUAUUAAUCGGUUCUGCUAUGGCCAGUGCAAUUCAUUCUAUAUUCCCAGGCACGUCCGCAGGGAAGAAGGCUCCUUCCAGUCUUGCUCCUUCUGUAAACCCAAAAGAUUCACUACAAUGACUGUCACUCUCAACUGUCCGGAAUUGCAGCCCCCUACGAAAAGAAAAAGGAUCCAGCGCGUCAAACAAUGUCGUUGUAUUUCCAUAGAUCUCGACUAGAUCACCCGUUCUACUUUGUCAGAUUAUUUGAGGGCAUACAACUCUGUAUUGUGUAUAGGGGGUCCUUGAUCAACAGCAUUUAUAUACAUUGUAAAGGGACAAUACGGGGAUUGAAUUUUAGAAACGUUAUCUAAUAAGAACUAUUCUAAACUAACCGACAAUUUCGAUUAAACACAAAACUAAUCCCCGAGUAAUGAACUAACCAAGAUCCUUAGCUGUGCCACAGGGCACUCAAUAUAUGACCACAUUCACAAAGAGUACAGCAUUUGUUCAUUGAGAAUCAAUAAUUAUAGAGACCAUUCAUUUGUUAGCCUCAUUGCUAUUGCUCAAUUCCGCUGCAUUAGCGUCUCCAGGCACCGAAGUUACAGGCUACACAGUUGCUUUUGCAAAGUCCUUUCACACAAUGUGUAAUGUACCGCGUGUCAGCAUCAGCUCAUUGAUAAACAUGUUGGCUAGGCUAACAAUGCUUUGCAGCAAGCGCUCUGGAGCGGUGUGCCGCUUUGUUUGCUAAACUAUAGUAUCCAUUUUAUUUUAUUUUGUUGUAUUUUAUUUGGAUUUAAAUAUUUACUGGUGAAUUGGUAGUUUCCACUGUGUGGAAUGUGAAUAGUUAACAAUGGAUAUUUAAUGUAAUUAUGUUUGAAUUGUAUAUCGUUAAUAUGAAUGUUAUAUGCUCUUAUUUCUGUUAAAUAUAGCUAUACAAUUCCAUUUCAAUUAAUUCACAGGGGGAAAAUGGGUCUAAUCAUUACUCGACAGUGCACAAAAAACACAUACGUGGAUUCUAGCGCAGGGCUUCUCUAUUAGGCGGUCCUGGGGACCCCCCUGUGGCUGCAGGUUUUUAUUCCAACCUAUCUCUCAAUUACUGAACUAGACCCUUAAUU